UUAACUUAUUUAAAGUUAAUUUCUAGUUGUUUUGACUUAGUUUUAAUAUAAAGAGUUUAAAAAUAUAAAAAUGAUACACGACGCUUUGUUAAUUUUGUGGGAUUGCUCUAAUUUAUCUAAGACCAAGGAAGAGAAUAGCGUAACAGCAUACGCUAACGAUGGCGAUGCAGAAAUAUUUGCGAGAAUCAAUGAGAUAUCUAAGAGUCACCAUAAAAUUCAAAACUUCAUUGAGGCCACCGGUUUCCGGUCAAGAAAGACACAUGCAGGACUGAAAAUGUGCGGCCUCUACUCGCAAGCUCUGAGCGAAGGUUUCUCAGAAGUCAUACAGACUUACAAGAAAACUCUCAUGGAGGUUGAAGCCUUAGUCAUUGGCAAUCACAAUUACACUCUAUCAUUUGUGUAUAGUUACGUAGAGAAAUAUAGAGGGCUGUUCAACAUGUUGAAUAAAAUAAUAGCUGCUAUUGAACAAAGGAGGCUGACUGGAUGUCAGAUAUUAAGUCUGUUGCAUCAGUAUAUAUUGAAUGCUAAUGAGAGGGUGCAUGAAGCGGUGAUCAGAAUAUUCUCAUGUAUCAACAAAGUGUUUGUAAACCAGCUCUGCACUUGGUUACUGUAUGGUGAGCUGAAGGACCCAUACCAAGAGUUCUUCAUACUCCAUAACCAGACAGCCGAGGCAUCAGAGAGCUUCCUCUCAUCUCCAUCAUCUACUAACUGUGAAAAAACACUAGUGUCCACACUCCAAGAUGCAACAUUAGAAUGUGGAUAUGUGUUAAAUCCUAACAUGAUCCCAUACUAUGUGCCUCUCUCUCUUGCACAAGAGAUAUUGUUUAUUGGCAAGACUAUUAUCCUCUUUGGUUUUGAUCCUAAGAAGGUAAAGAAGAAUAGUUCAUUUGUUGCUAGCAGGACACUAAUGCCACUGCAGAAGUGUGGGGUUGAUUCGAGAAGUUGUUGUUUCAGAUUCACAAUAUGGGAAGACAAAGAAGCAGAGUUCCAUGAAAAGUUACAGAAAUUGAAAAACCCAGAAGUAUUUGAAGUUUGUAAUUUAAGAGGCGUUAUCAGGGAAAUAAAGGAAUGCGUAACUAAGCAUCUAUGGACAGUGGCGGUGGAGGAAGCACAGUUGAUCCACGAGCUGCGUCUAAUGAAAGACUUCUAUCUGCUGGGCCGCGGCGAGCUGUUCCUCGAGUUAUUGAGACUGACAGCUCCCAUGCUGGACAGGCCCACAGCUAGGACAUCCACAAGAGAUAUGAACCACGCAUUCCAGUUAGCAGCUCGCGCUGUGUUCCUCAGCAACAGUGCAGACAUUGAGAAGUUUAGUUUCGAGCUGCCUUACGUGAAGCCCAACGUAUCUACUAAUACUAGUAUUGAAGAGGACAGUUCUACUGUCUCGGACGGCUGGUCGAGCAUUAUCCUGAAGUACGAUUUCAAGUGGCCUCUCCACCUGCUGUUCACACCGGAGGUGCUGGCGCGAUACAACGACAUGUUCCGGCUUCUGUUGAGGAUUAAGAAGACGCAACAUGACUUACAUGCGCUCUGGAAGACUUAUAAACAGUCCACCAGUUUCUCGAUGUGCCAGCUACACAACAAGCUGAUGUUCCUGAUGGACAACCUGCAGCACUACAUGCAGGCGGACGUCCUGGAGACGAACUUCUCGCGGCUGAUGGACGCCGUCUACAAGACCAACGACUUCGAGAAGCUCAAGAAGGCCCACGCGACGUUCCUCGCGGAUAUACUCAGCCAGUCGUUCUUGACUGUCACUUCGUCGCGCGACAGCGACAGUUCGAGCGACGCGGCGGACGCUCUCAACAACCCCGUGUUCUGCAACAUCAUGGAGUUGCUCAAGCUCUGCCACUCCUUCUGCGGCAUGAACAACUCGGUGGCCGACAGGGAGGCAGAAGACUACUAUAUUAGAGGAUAUUCUGAUCGAUUCAACAAGCUAGUGAAGCAGCUGAUGCAGCUGCUAGUGUCCCUGCGCGACCGGCCGUGCGGCGUGUACCUGGCGCGGCUGCUCAUGCGGCUCGACUACAACCGCUGGCUCAGCGGCGAGGCGCAGCUCACGCAGUCCGUCACCAACAUGCUGCGGUAUUAGCCGCAGAGAACACUGCCAGGCUGCGGGCUAGCGUAUAAAAAAGGCAUGCUAUACCUACAUAUAAAAAAAAAACUAACGCCCGCGCACAAGGAUUAAUUUCCUGGGAGAGGAAUUCGCGACGGUUUAAAGACAUUCAAAUCACAUGCACAAAGACACCCACGUCAUGGAUAUAUAAGGUAUUUUUUGAAAUAACUUUGGGGAAAGGCGGGACCCGAAUGGGUUGAUGCGCUUAUGAGCGGUUGCGACAAGGGACGCUUCCUAAAACACGGCAAAAUCUGCCCGUAAAUUUGUAACAGGUUUUUUGUGCGCAUAAAAAUAUAUGCUCGUCUAAAACCAAGGAAUAAAGUUUUUUUGGAAGAGUGAAUGUCAUCAAAUAUUUAAACAAGUUCAACAUAAUUUAAUAACUAAGAAUGAUCCUGGUUAUACAACCAAUCACUAGUGAUCAAAAUUUAUCGUGGAGAAAUGAAUACCAAAUCUAUAUAUAUAAAACUCAAA